AUGAGUGGUGCUAUAGAAGAACUCAAGGAACUGUGUCAGAUAUGCUACGAACAAAAAUUCAAGUACAAAUGUCCCAAAUGUGGAACGAAAACAUGUUCAUUAGAAUGUGUCAAUAAACACAAGACACAAUCUCAGUGUGAUGGAGUUAUAGAUAAUGCCAAAUUUGUUAAAAGAAGUGAAUUCAAAGAGAAUGAGAACUUGGUUCAUAGAGAUUAUAAUUUUCUGAUGAAGAUGAAUAGAACCAUUGAAGUUUCUAAGAAUGACGUGAGGUCGAAGAAUAAGAAGAUACUCUCAAAUUAUCACAACAAUAACAAGAGAUUUCAAAGAGAUUCUGCUUCAAACAACUAUGAAAGCAUUGUCAAAAGAGGUGUGAAAAUAAGGAAGUUGCCAAGGGGAAUGCAGAGAAAUAACAUGAACAAGUCAGGGUGGGACCAAAAGAAGGAUACAUAUGUAUGGACUAUAGAGUGGAUAUUGAUUGAUAAUGAAACCGGCUCUGAAUUGGCCAAACAUUUUAGUUUUCGAGUACCAGAAGGAACAAAAUUGGAAGAAGCUAUUCAUCAAACUAUCAAAGAGAAAGUUGGAGACGUGCCAGUGUUUUGCUUUCUGAAGAAAAUCGACACUCCGGCAUCAAACCCACAGUUUAUACCUCUUGAUAAUGAACAUUUAUUAGCUGAUGUGCUGAGAGAUCAAACAGUUAUUGAAUUCCCAACAAUUUUGGUUGCAAAGGAAAAAGAAGUGAAGGGAUAUACUGUUUAUGAAAGUGAAGAAAGUGAAAGUGAAAGUUCAUCAUCUGAAGAAUCAUCUAGUGAAGAGAGUAGUUCAGAAGAAGAUAGUGAACCAGAGGAAGUAUCGUCCAAACAACAAGAUGAUACAGAAAACUCAGAGCAAAACACAGAAGAGGUGAAAGCUAAAGAAGAAGAGACCAAAGAUCCUAUCGCAGAUUCAACAGAUGAAUUAGGAAUAAAAGAAACUACUGCAUUUUAG